GCGAGCGGCCCGGCGCUUCCGCCGCGCAUGCGCCGUGCGACGGCUGGCCCGGGUUGGCGAUGGGCGCCGCGGCGGCGGAGGCGGAUCGGACCCUGUUCGUGGGAAACCUCGACCCGCGAGUCACCGAGGAGCUCCUCUUCGAGCUCUUCCACCAGGCAGGCCCGGUCAUUAAAGUAAAGAUCCCGAAGGACAAGGAUGGGAAACCAAAGAUGUUUGCAUUUGUGAAUUUCAAGCAUGAAGAGUCUGUCCCCUACGGCAUGAGUCUGCUCAACGGGAUCAAGCUGUUUGGAAGACCUCUCAAAAUUCAGUUUCGAUCAGGGAGUAGUCACGCCUCUCAGGAUGGUGGCUCACUUUAUUCCCAGUAUGGGUCCACUAAUGGAAGUCCCUCCAGCGCAUCGCAGUUGCCGCCCAGUUGCAACAGGUACGAAAGGAGCGUGGACAGCGGGUCGGUGGGGCUGCCAGCAGUGCAGAGGUCCUUCUCAUCUCCUGAUAACUUUCAUCGGCAAGCAGUGAUGAACAGUGUUUUGUGGCAGCAGUCGCUGUAUAGCGGAAGGCACAGCUCCCCACAUUCGGAGCUAUCGGGCCUUGCUUCACCCGGGCACCAGCCGAGUUACACCUUUAGCCCAUCGCCAGCCUCUCAAAUGCCGUGGCGCCCGGAGGGAGCAUCAGCGCAGCGCAAGAACCGGGUCAGCCCCCACCCGUAUCAGGCCGACAGCCGGCACUACAGCCGGGAGCACCCACGGCUCAGCGACUGUGGGUCCGAGCAUCACUUCCGAGGCACCCGGGAGGAGUAUUGCCAGGAUGACGGGAACUAUGGAGAGUGGAGUCAUGACUAUGAUAACCGGAGGGAAAGCGGCAGAGACGGCAAAUGGCGCCCCUCACGUCACUAAGUAGUAUUCAGAGUGGAUUUUAAAUAACUUCCCUCGGGAAAGUUUGGGUUCUUAUUUCCUUUUAAGAAGUAGUUGUUUUGUUUUUGUUCCCCCCUCCCCCCAGAAAACACGUAGACAGUAACUUCAGGAGUUACCUUUUUAAAGUCAUUUUUUUUACAAAUAUCAACUGCAGUAUGGUUUCAAGAGCAGUGGCUUUAUUCUAAUCGUAUUAACCUUACCCUCAGGGUUUAGGCAGAGACAAAAAAGGGUGUGCUACACUUUAAAAAAAGAAGACACGUGAAAUUUUUUUUAAAAAAGAAAAAUCAUUGUAGUUUUAUAUCGAAAGAAAACAGCUCUGCCUGGUUGGUUACAUUUUAAAAUUGAUUUUGGUAUUUUUGUAGCCUCUGAACGGAGCGCGCGCCCACGUUGGUACGGGUAGGCAUGCUGCGACAGAGCCCCACGGAGCAGAAGCUUCCGUGGACUGUCGAAAUGUUGGAGUCAGUGUUUUCCUGCUGGAAUGAAAAUGUUGCUUUUGAACAGUCGUCGUAUUAAAGAUUUGGCUCGCUCAGAGAGGUGGGAGGAGCGGGUUUGAGAACCUGUCCUAAAGGAGGGGUUAAAUCAUUUCCCAAGCUGCUUUAUCGGGAGUCCCUUGACUUUUAAAUCGAACGAGCCUGCAGUAUCCUAGAAGACUUUUUUCCCCAACUAAUGUAAUGAUUUUUAAAAGAAAUAUCUCAGGAAAUGAUCGCAUCCCCCUCUGUGUGUCCCUUUUCUAUAUUUAAAAUAAAAAGAACCUGUUUGUAUGACAAA